AUGUGGACCUUCCAGAAUGGUCAUGGUGUCGUCAAGCCGGAAGCGGUUGUUAAGCAAGAACUGCCAAACGAGAUCUAUUCCAGUGUGGAGGAGGAUAGCAGCGACAGCAGUUCUGAAUCUGAAGAGGAAUAUUUGGAAGAAAUGACCAAUGAUGUGGAUCAUGACUGGAGAAGAAAACCGCAUUGGGUUGGACCGCUAACAGACAAAAUGAAGAAGAUUGGUCGCACGGAAAAAGAGCGCUGGAAUGGAUCUGAAGUUGGAAAAAAUGUUAAUAAGAAAGCACAGAGGCUCAAAGAAAAGGUCGAAGCAGAGAAAAAACGUUUUUACAAAUCUAAAUACGGAAAGAGGGCUCAAAAGACAAGAGAUAAGCUCAUAAAAGAAGCUCGAAAGGCAAAAUAUCAGUUCGAAGAAUCGGAGUUCGGAAAUAAAGCUAUGAAAGCAAAAGAUGCAGCCAAAAGCAAGGCUCUUGAGAAAAUGCAGGAAUUAAAGGAAAAAAACUUUUUAAAAGGUGCAGUAAAGCUUCCAAACGAAGUAAGAAUGAGUGAGGAAGUAUGCUUUUUGUGGUGA